AUGCUAACAAUCAGUGAAAUCAUCGCUGGAGUCUCCGUCCUCUUUUCUGGCCGGCUAGCUAAACCAAUAACUCCAAAUCAAGCACAAGAGGGAUUGCCAUCCCUACCAAUGGAGGUAUUGUUACUCAUCGCGCAAUUCUUGUCCACGCCUUCUAUAGCAUGUCUUGCCCUUUCCAUUCGCUCUCUCAACAACAUACUUGGAAAAAGCGCUAGAGAAACACUUCAACACCAAGACAAAGAGACUCGUCUCGAAUAUCUGAUUCUCCUCUCAAAAUCCCGCCCUCGUCACUACGUGUGUCAUAGCUGCGUUCUACUACACCUAGUAUCACACAUCUAUCUCCCCCAUCAUCCAGCGCCCGAACGGCUCUGGUGGUCUCACGGACCCUGCUGGAUGAGAUAUCAUCGCGUCGCAGACGUCGGGAACGAUUACAAUCCAAUGAGUACCUCUGCAAUCCGCUUCGGCUUUUCCCAUGUCAAUGCAGCGAUGAAGAGACAUCAUCAAGGCAACUCCCAUGGCAUACCUGUCUCGGCAUUUUUUUUCACCGGGUUGAGAGAUGCUUUCACGGGACCCAAAAUAAUAAUUUCGACGGAGGCUAGAAUUGUGGAUAACAACUUCCUCUAUAGAGUGCAUCAAUGUGUUCUCCUUCCCCGGGACUGCUGUCAGGACUUUGCAGACAAAGGUUACUUCGCUAAUGGUGGUUCCUGCGCUCAUGAAGGAUUGGAAACUCCCAUUCGAUUAACUCUCAAGAACAUCUUAGUUGCCCUUGAUCCGCUUCCAGAAAAUGGACAGUGUCGAGAAUGCUCUUUGGAUUAUGAAGUCAUCGGCGUCGACUGUGGUGAAAUGGGGAUUACCAUAUUUUUCACUCGCUGGUUGGACUUUGGAAGUGGCAUUUCUCCAUAUGACCGCAAGUGGCUCGAACAUAUCUCUGGUGUUGAGCGGCGCUCGAGGCGUUCCCAAUACGCCCAAACGCAUGUCUUGGGAAGUAUUCGUCAGAGCUUUGACGGUGCCCCAGGAGAGUCUUUAGUGGACCUCAGAAAGGCCAAUGUUAGGAGGUGGUUUUCUUGGCUUGCAAGAGAACAAAAGAACAUAGGCGAUAAUAAUAUUUGGGUUCAAGCGCCAUUUUGUGGUUAUGAUUCAAAAUGGUGGCGAUUGGCGGACGUGUAA